AGUGGUGGGAUGCCGAGGGCAGGACAGAUACUUCCCUGAGGACUUCCUCUUCGGCUGCGCAACUGCUGCCUACCAAAUCGAAGGAGGAUGGGAUGCUGAUGGCAAAGGAGAAAAUAUCUGGGAUCACAUGACCCACACCAACCCGGGAGUCAUCGCCGACAUGAAAAAUGGCGACGUGGCAUGCGACUCGUACAACAACUACAAGCGCGACGUCGAGAUGAUGCGCGAGAUGGGCCUCACCGCCUACCGCUUCUCGCUGUCCUGGGCCCGCAUCUUACCUGAAGGCAUGUCCAACCACGUCAACGAGGCCGGCGUCCAGUACUACAACAACCUGAUCGACGAAUUGCUCAAGUACAACAUCCAACCCCUCAUCACUCUGUACCACUGGGACCUGCCUCAGAAAUUGCAAGAACUUGGCGGUUUCGCUAACCCACUUUUCCCCGACUGGUUCGAAGAUUACGCUCGUGUGGUAUACGAGAGGUUCGGUGAUAGAGUGAAAAUGUUCAUGACCUUUAAUGAGCCAAGGGAAAUCUGCUACGAAGGUUACGGAUCCGACAGCAAAGCGCCCUUAUUGAACUCUACUGCAAUGGGAACCUACUUGUGCGCCAAGUCUCUGGUGUUAGCUCAUGCCAAGGCAUACCACGCCUACAAUAAUGACUUCAAGCCCACCCAAGGUGGAGAGUGUGGUAUCGCUAUCAGUGUUAACUGGUUUGGACCUUUGACAGAUUCGGAAGAAGAUCAUUUAGCAGCUGAAGUCAGACGGCAAUCUGAAUGGGGUCUAUUUGCCGAGCCUAUCUUCUCCGAGCAAGGAGGUUUCCCGAAAGAAUUAUCAGAGCGUAUCGCCGCCAAGAGCGCCGAGCAGGGAUACCCCUGGUCUCGUUUGCCGACGUUCACGGACGAGGAGAUUGCGCUCGUGAAGGGCACGUACGACUUCAUGGGCGUGAACCACUACACCACGCGCCUGUGCUCGGCCACGGAGUACAUGGAGGAGCACGCCAUGCCGUCCCUGUACGACGACGCCGGCGUCGGAGUUACCGUUUCCCCAGACUGGCCGACUUCAAUGUCCCCGUGGCUAUUCCAAGCACCGAACAGCAUUUACAACGCCUUGACGCACCUGAACGAGAAGUACAACGUGCCGAAGUUCAUCAUCACGGAGAACGGCUGGUCGUCGGACUACACGCUGGAGGACGACGAGCGCAUCCGCUACUACCGCGCCUCGCUCGAGAGCGUGCUCGACACCAUCGCCGCCGGCGUCAACCUUAAAGGCUACAUGGCCUGGAGCCUCAUGGACAACUUCGAGUGGCUGGAGGGAUACAACGCGAGGUUCGGGCUGUACGCCGUAGACUUCGAGGACCCGGCGCGCACGCGCACGGCGCGCAAGUCUGCCUUCGUGUACAAGCACAUCAUCAGGAACCGGCUCAUCGACCACGACUACGAGCCCGACACCAUGACCAUGACCAUCGACGAAUAGACCCGACUGAACUGAACGAAUGACCUGCGAUGUCCUAUUUAUUGUGCGGUGUGCAAUGAUAUUAAAUUCAAUUAGAAUUAAAUUAUUUAUACUUUAGAACAA